AUGAGGGUCGCUGAGUUCCUAUCCGAUAUGACAACCCUGAGCAUCUGCGAUGCGGAGGCAGCCCUUGCGCUCGUCUCAGCCAGACCUCCAAAGCCAGAUGCAACCAUGGGAGCUGAGGGUUCAACGGCCGCUGCAAGCGAUGAUAACAACGACCAGGACCUAAAUCGGGCCAAGGAUCUGCUCAAUCUACACGGGACUGUAAAGGUCGCUCACCAGGAUGGCAUCGACAAGGAGUUACAACACGCUCGUGAGGCCGUUGCCAAAGUUCUGAGAGACCUCUAG